ACUCUGUUUCAGAUCCCACUUUUCAAGAUGAAGAACCUGAUACUGGUCUUGUGCCUCCUGGGAACGAGUUCUGCAGUGCCGGUGUUUCCUCGGCAGCCGGGGACACCAGGCAUGGCUAGUUUGAGCCUGGAGACAAUGAGACAAUUGGGCACCUUGCAGGGAUUAAACAUGCUUUCUCAGUAUUCAAGAUUUGGCUUUGGGAAAUCACUUAAUUCUUUGUGGAUGCAUGGUCUCCUCCCACCACAUUCCUCCUUCCCAUGGAUGAGACCAAGGGAACAUGAAACUCAACAGUAUGAAUAUUCUUUGCCUGUGCAUCCCCCACCUCUCCCAUCGCAGCCAUCCCUGCAGCCUCAGCAGCCGGGACAGAAACCUUUCCACCAGCCCAGCGUGAUCACCGCCAUCCAGGACACAGUCCAGAAGGGAGGACCUCAGCCUCCGGUUUACCACGGACAGCCACCCUUGCAGCAGGCAGAGGGGCCAAUGAUUCAACAGCAGGUGGCACCAUCAGAGAAGCCACCAAAGGCCGAGCUACCAGGAAUGGAUUUUGCUGAUCCACAAGGUCCAUCCCUACCAGGAAUGGAUUUUGCUGAUCCCCAAGGUCCAUCCCUACCAGGAAUGGAUUUUGCUGAUCCACAUGGUCCAUCCAUAUUCUCAAUCGCCCGUUUGAUAUCUCAGGGACCGCUGGCCCAAAAUAAACCAUCUUCACUUUAUCCAGGAAUGUUUUACAUGUCCUAUGGAGCAAACCAAUUGAAUGCUCCUACCAGACUUGGCAUCAUGAGCUCAGAAGAAAUGGCGGGAGGCAGAGGAGGCCCCAUGGCCUAUGGAGCCAUUUUCCCAGGAUUUGGAGGCAUGAGGCCGAGCCUUGGAGGGAUGCCUCCCAAUCUAGGCAAGGGUGGGGACUUUACUCUGGAAUUUGACUCCCCCGUCGCUGCAACCAAAGGCCCAGAGAAAGGAGAAGGAGUGGUGCAAGGCUCCCCCGUGCCGGAGGCCAACCUAGCCAAUCCAGAAAACCCAGCUCUCCUUCCAGAGGUAGUAAUGCCUAGUGCCCUUGGAGGGCUUCUUGCUCUCCCAAAGGGCAAUAUUCCCAGCCUGGCCAGGGGCCCUGCAGGGCACAGCAAGGGAUCCCCCAGGGUUACCCCAGCAGCCGCUGACCCACUGAUGACCCCUGGAUUGGCUGAUGGUUAUGAGCCCUAUGCUGCUGAUACGACCACACCCUUAGGAGAAACGACCUUGGAUACCACAGUGACCCCAGACACAGAGCAAACAUCGAUGCCAGGAAACAAGGUCCAGCAGCCCCAUAUUAUGCAUAAUGGGUGGCAUUUCCAAGAGCCCUGAGAGCCUUGAGAUAUCAGCUACUUUGUGUAUGCAUAAGCU